AUGGCGCUGUCACGACAUCUUACCAUUGGGCGCCCAGCAAGUCAUACUCAAGCUGCCUGUGUGUAUAUGACAUGUAGAACAGAAGGCACUUCACUUCCAUUGGUGCUUUCUGAUGAGCAAUGGAAC